AUGCUUUCUCCGUUAUGCGGCACAGAAGCUCAUCAAACAAACAAUUGCAUGGAUUGCAGAAAGAAAGCACGUAUGUUCUGUUGUUUUUAUCAUCUAGAGGGUCAGUCGUUCUGGUUGGAAUUCGUCACCGAAAAUUUUCGGGGAAAACCUGAAUGGCUGAUACCUCUAUUAGCUAGGUAUUCAAGAUGUGACUUCGAAUAUUUUUUUAGGAAAAUAUAUCAGUUUGUGUAUCGAUUAGAAUGUGAUAGGGCUCAUGCUAACUGGAACUUCUAUUUAGCGUGCAGGAGUCUGGUUUUCGAUAAUGUUUCAGGGCCGAGAUAUUUUGAAAAUCUAGCUUCUAAAACUUAUAACUCUAAACGUUUACAUGACGAGGACCUGGAAUUGAAGAGCGUCCAGAUAUGA